AUUACUGGUACCGCUGCCGUUGGUGCUUCCCACCACGUGUUGCUGCACCGACGCGUCGGCUCCCCGCCCCUCCUCUCAGGACGUCGAGCCCGCCGCCUUCGAGGCCAUGCUGAAGAUGAUGUACUGCGGCAGCGUGGAGAUCACAGUAGACAACGUGCUCGCCAUACUCGACGUCAGCGUCCGCUUCGAUGUGGCCCCGCUGGUGCAAUUCAGCGUCCAGUUCCUGCAGAGCCACACCAGCAGCGAGCACGCGUGCUGGAUGCUGGACGUCGGCGUCCAGUACGGCCUCGUCAAGCUUGUCGACAGGUACUCCGACGAGGGCAUCGAGACGCUGUCGCGACUGGUGAGGCAGGUCUUGUCCCAGAUGGAGCUCUGCCUCCACGACACGCGCGUCUCCGUACUGGCCCACCCGGAGCAGCCGCUGCUGCGGGCGAGGCUCUCGUCCGUGGUCGUCCUCUCCUCGGAGGGCGCGGCGGGCGGCCUCGAGGCUCGCUCGGCGCACGUGGCGGGCCUGAACCUCGCUCUGGCGGCAACGGGCGGCAGCGGGCAGCGAAUGGCCGGGGCCACGGGCGGCAACUGGUCCUUCCCCCGGGAGGGGGUCGAACGGUCCAGGAGCUUGUUGCCCGAACAGAUCGAGGCGCCGGCUAUUCCCGGGGAGGCGCGGAGGGAGCCCAUGGAGUCUGGCUGCCCAGCGGAUCCGUUGUUCUUCUCGCCCCUUCGGGCAUGGGGUGGGUCGAGGAGCGAGGUUCGAGAUUGGAGCUCCGACCCGGGGAUCGAGGUUUCUGGGCACGUGUCGGGAGCUCUGGAGCCCAUGGAUUGA